CCCUAGCAAGCAAAGCCCCAAAGUAAAUUUGUACAUAGUAUCCGGAAGAGGCUAGCCUUCCUCCCUCUGACAUCGCCAUUCCUAUUCUCCACCACUGAACUUACGUAAAUAUGGCCUUACCGGUCUCGAAGGAACCAGUUUUCCUUCGUCUGAUCUAGAAGCGUAUUUCUUUCCUCAUUUAAAUACUGGUGCUAUACCUUGUAUACCCAGCGAACAGGAACCGUCUCUAAAUAUCUCAAAAGAUAUCUCGCAAUGAAUUCAAAACUAUUCCCAGGCAAUCCAUCUGAGGUGAUGGUGAUUCGGCAGGUCACUCCUGAGAUCACCACAUUUAGUGUUCCAUUCACGCGUCUUGGCCUGAUAAAAUUUGGCGGCAGGGGCACCCUCGUGAAAUUGGCGACAGGAAACAUGCUCGUUGUCUCUCCCGUGGCCCUUAGUCCGGAAGUCCAACAGACAAUUGCGUCACAAGGAGGGCAAAUCAAAUAUAUUGCCGCGCCAAAUUUUGAACAUCACCUCUAUCUUUCUGCUUGGAAGAAAGCGUUCCCAGAUGCAGAAAUCAUCGCGCCAGAGGGACUGCAUGAGAAGCGUCAGAAUAACCCCGACCAGAAGGACACGCAUUUCACGCAUAUUCUCACAAAAGCUAAGAAACACGACAUACAUAUAUCCGAAGAAUUCGACAAAGAAAUUGACAUUGAAUAUGUCGACGGACAUGGUAACAAGGAAAUCGUAUUCCUACACAAACCAACCAAGACGAUGAUUCAGGCUGAUUUCAUCUUCAAUCUACCGGCGAAUGAGCAAUACUCGCGCACAGACGAGUCACCGACUUCGGGCAUAUGGACGAAGCUCUUAGGCCCUCUAGGCUCAACGAGCCCGCCUGCGACAUGGCAAAAGCGAUUCGUGUGGUAUGUCACGGCGAAGGAUCGUAAGAGUAUGACCGAAUCAGUGGCGCGCAUCAAUACAUGGGACUUUGAUCGUAUCAUUCCUUGCCACGGCGACGUUAUUGAGAGUGGUGGGAAACCAGUUUUCCAGAAUAUUUUUGAAUACUUUUUGGGUGAAAAAAGAAAGCUGAAAUGAGCCUCGGACAAUGUAUACACAGGUUUGUUUAAAUGGAGUUUCUUUGUACUUGUAUAUUCAAAGUUUACAGAAUAAUAAUCACGGAUUGGAUCGAUGU